AAGAAGGUGGAUAAAAAGAAACUUCUUUAAAAAUGGCAAUGGUAUCAGAAUUCCUCAAGCAGGCCUGGUUUAUUGACAAUGAACAGCAGGAAUACAUUAACACUGUGAAAGGAUCCAAAGGUGGUCCCGGGUCAGCAGUGAGCCCCUAUCCUAGCUUCAAUCCAUCCUCGGAUGUUGCUGCCCUGCAUAAAGCAAUAAUGGUUAAAGGUGUGGAUGAAGCAACCAUCAUUGACAUUCUCACCAAGAGAAACAAUGCACAGCGUCAACAGAUCAAAGCAGCGUACCUCCAGGAAAAAGGAAAGCCCCUGGAUGAAAUUCUGAGGAAAGCCCUUACAGGUCACCUUGAGGAAGUUGCUUUGGCUCUAUUAAAAACUCCUGCCCAAUUUGAUGCUGAUGAACUCCGUGCUGCCAUGAAGGGCCUUGGAACUGAUGAAGACACUCUGAAUGAAAUUUUGGCAUCAAGAACUAACAGAGAAAUCAGAGAAAUUAACAGAGUCUAUAGAGAAGAACUGAAGAGAGACCUGGCUAAAGACAUCACCUCAGACACAUCUGGAGAUUACCAGAAGGCUUUGCUUUCUCUUAUUAAGGGUGACCGAUCUGAGGAUUUUAGCCUAAGUGAAGACUUGGCCGACUCAGACGCCAGGGCAUUAUAUGAAGCAGGAGAAAGGAGAAAAGGGACAGAUGUGAAUGUGUUCAAUACCAUUCUUACCACCAGAAGCUAUUCCCAUCUUCGCAGAGUGUUUCAGAAAUAUGCCAAGUACAGUAAGCACGACAUGAACAAAGUUUUGGACUUGGAGAUGAAAGGUGACAUCGAGAAAUGCUUCACAACAAUUGUAAAGUGUGCCACAAACCAGCCAAUGUUCUUUGCUGAGAAGCUUCAUCAGGCCAUGAAGGGUGCUGGAACACGUCAUAAAGCAUUGAUCAGAAUUAUGGUUUCUCGUUCUGAAGUCGACAUGAAUGAUAUCAAAGCAUGCUAUCAGAAGUUGUAUGGUAUCUCUCUCUGCCAAGCUAUCCUGGAUGAAACCAAAGGAGAUUAUGAAAAAAUCCUGGUGUCUCUCUGUGGAGGACAGUAAACAUUCCUUUGAUGA